CCAAGAGAGACGCCGAAUCCUGCCGACGUUCAUUCUUUUUUUUCUCUUUCUCUUUGGCUGGCUGUUCCGCCACCUUCCCCCGAAUUGCGCGCAAGUCGUCAACCAUUCGCAAGUCUCGACACGUCGCCAUUGAUCACCCUUCUAUCUACCUGCCUGUAACCAUGGCUGAUGCAGCACAUCCAUCGGCAGGUGGAGACAAAGGUCCCACGGAGGAGGAGAGUGUGCCAAUAAGCCAGCAUGCCGUCGCUGUGGAAAUGGAUGACCUGUCCCAGACCCAAGAGCCCAAGUUUAUAAAGUCAGAUACGACCGCGCCAGACUCCCAUCCAGACGUGGCGACGUCCCAAAGUCACGAUGUCGAAUCCUCAUCUCCGCCGAUACCCGUCCCUGAUAAAGAUUCUCCCAUCGGCGAUGACGCGUCAUCAAAGGCCCGAACCAAAGCUCCAGCCGCCGAGGACGACCAGGAACUGACGAUAGACCCCGUCGUGCCCGCGGCGGGUUUGUCGGGAGACGGAGACCUGGCGGUGGAAAUUAUGCUGCUUCUUACCUCUGGUGCCCGCCACCCCUUCCGAAUCGACGAGAAGUACCUCACGAAGCGAAAUGUGACCGUUACCGGCAAGACGGGGGAUGGAAAGAUGGAUCCGUUCAGCAUCACCGUAUACACACUGAAAGAAUUGAUUCUGAGGGACUGGCGCAAGGAGUGGGACCAGCCGCCGAGAGAGCCGAGCGCGAUAAGGUUGAUUCACUUUGGCAAAUUGCUUGAGGAUAGGAAUCAACUAAGCCAUUACCAGUUCACCCCGUCGAGAAACGUCGUCCACAUGACCAUCAAACCGCAAGACGUGAUAGAUGAGGAGGAAGCCGCCAAGAAGGUCAAGGACUCGGGGAGUCACCGAGGCCGCAGCGGGUGCUGCGUCAUAUUAUGAUUCGACUCUUCCUCCCGGACCGCCCCGGGAGGGGGAAAGAGUCUACCAACAACACGAACGCUCAACGAAGGAUGUGCAGAUAA